ACAUUUCGGUCGGAUAUGUCGGAAUUGUCGAGUGAAAUGAAGUCAAUGGAAAACGGAAUGUCGGCGAGAACGGACAGACAACAUUAUCUUGAGAGAGCUCAAUACUCUCCAUGGCCAAAAACUCAAAAUAGUGGAGCAUUCGGAGCGCUAACUGAUCAACCGAGAAAGUAUCGAGGAGGAUUUGGAGGAGGUGAAGGCUUCUCUGAUUUUGGAUCCGUUAGUGGACUUGGCGGUAGAAUCCCCAGAAACUCCUCUCACCUAAACGACAGUUCUGGAUUUGGUUCCGUACGAGGAGGGUACAGCAGUUAUCGAGAAAGCAGAUCAUCUCGUGUUGCUGUUUCGGAUGCUCUUUACAUGAAUAAUGAACGUUGCGUGACACCUCUGCCAUCUGAGAAUAUAAUGGGUAGUCCACGGCGUGGAUCUUUCCGAAGUUCGCCCCGAUCCGAUGGUAUGGGAUCUUCAUCGAAGAGACCACGCUCUGGCCGCCGAACCGGUAGACGUGGGCGAGGUGGGCCAGGCCACUGCUUCCAUUGUCAAGAGCAUGGACACAUUUCGAGAAUGUGCCCGAAGAAGGUUGGAGAAACGGAUGAACACGGAGAUGGAAAAGAUAUCGAAGUGGAACCAUUUGAGACGAAAGAUUUACUCCAAGAAGACGCAUCAAGAUACUCUUCUAAUAUGAAGGCUUUGCAUGGAGGUGGACUGUAUCAAAGCAAGUUGGACAAUCAAAAGGCCCGUGAGUCUUAUUAUGGAGGGUACGGCUACAGCAUCAACAGUCUCACCCCAAGAAGUGUUGGCAGCGUGAGAAGUGGUUUCACAGCACCAAUGAUGUCGCCCGAAAUUGACAAAUUCUCAGAGCAGUUGGACAAUGCUUUGAAGCUCAGCAAUGUCGAGCCGGUAGCUCCGUCGCCAUACGUGAUGACUAUCACUGGAAAAGGGCCAGCUGAAAAAUUGAUGAAAGAAGUGCCACCAGUUGCUCCAAUCAACACUCUACAGAGCAGAGAAGGAGCCAAACAAAUUUCUACGGAGACUUUGUCAAUCGAGACACGCAGAACUGUGAUGCGCGAUGGAGAAUUCCACUUCGAGGAGACGACUAUCAUCAAUUUCCCACGAGUUCUUCCGCCCAACGUCCGUGUCAUCGCUGCCCAGUUCGUGCCGGUCGCUUCACAAAAUUCAUAAUUUCUGAUAAUUAUGAUGCUAUCAAGGAAAAUGUUUAAUAAUUACUAUUGGGAACUCUGCCCAAUUUGCAGCGUAUUUUUACUGUUUUUCAUUGUUGUUCCAUUUAUUGACUUCUAGGUAUUGUUUUUUACGUUCUGGAAUUGUUUCUGUCCUAAAUUUGAAAACUUGUAUUUUUGAUUUGAGUCUUCAACCUCAUUUCAUAAAAGUGUUUCAUGUU